GAGAAGCUGCUUUCAGACAUUGACUUCCAGGCUUCCGAUCUGCCAACGGAAAAGCUAUUUCCUUCUUCCACACCACCGGCGACAGCCCAGGAAAUGGCGGAGGAAGUGACCUCGCUGCCGGUGACCGACGACCUCCUGGCGGAGAUCUUCCUCCUGCUGCCCACCCCGGCCGACCUCGUCCGCGCCUCCGCCGCCUGCGCCUCCUUCCGCCGCCUCGUCACCGACCGCGCCUUCCUCCGCCGCCUCCGCUCCCUCCACGCCGCGCCAUUCCUCGGCUUCCUCAACCACAACGGCUUCCACCCGGCCCUCCCGCCCCACACCUCCGCGCCCGCCGCCCGCGCCGUCUCCCUCGCCGCCGAUUUCUCCUACUCCUUCCUCCCGUCCCACGACGACGGCUGGAAAGUCCGGGACGUCCGCGACGGCCGCGUCCUCCUCGACCGCACCCCCGAGGACGACGACGCCGAGGAUCCGUCGUCCCCCGUCUUCACGGAGCUCGCGGUCUGCGACCCUCUGCACCGGCGGUGCCUCCAGCUUCCCCCGAUCCCCGACGACCUGGCCGCUUCCGUGGAGCACCCGCAACGCGUGGAGUUCCAGCGCUGGUGCGAGCCCUUCCUCGCCCCCCCAUCCCAAGCGGAUGAGACUUCAGAAACGUCCUUCAGAGUCAUCUGGAUGGCGCAGUGCAAAACCAAGCUGGUCGCCUUCCUCUUCUCCUCAACCACCGGAGAAUGGCGAGCCGUCGCGUCCCAGGGCUGGGCCGACCUGCUAGCGGGCACGGGCGUGUCCACAGCGUCGUCAAAGAGCCCCGUAUUCUUCGGGCGACAGUACGCCUGCGGCUGCUUCUACUGGGUCAUGGACUGGAGAGAGAAGCUCCUCACGCUCGACACCACAACGAUGGAGUUCUCAAUCGCCGACCUCCCGCCUGGCUGCCGAAGGCCGCCGAUCGCCAUUGUGGAUGCGGGGGGAGGCAGGCCCGGGAUGUUCUCUGUCCGUGAAAAUGUCGCGGGCAGCACGUUUGACCUCUACUACACCAUCAGGCGAAACAACAACGAUGGACCUCAGAGGUCCAACAACCGGUGGCAGAUGGAGAGAAUUAUCCCGUUGGAUUCUGGGUACCGGUAUUACCUGAGAAGCGCAACGGAGAGGUACUUGCUACUGAUAAGAUCAGAAGAAGAGAGCUCAUCGUUGCAGAUGGCGGACGUGGAAUGCUUCUCACUGGAUGUCAAGACCUUGCAGUUUCAGAGCGUGUGCAGGCUGAAGCAUCACAUCCUGCGCGCUCACAUAUAUACCAACUUCCCACCGUCGCUGUCGUCACAGACAAUCUGAAGCCAUAGAUUCAGUGGAGUCGUAGUCACUAGUCAGAUCAAAGAGCAGACAUUCAAGUCCAUAACUCAAACUGAUUGGUGCGAUCUUGUUGUAUGAGGUGUGAGAUCAUGUGCCAGAUUCUCAUGGUCGUCACUGCAACUAUCCAAGAUUAAACUACCUGUCUGGAAGGAGAAAUCAAGAUGGCCUCUGGUGGAGGCGGCAGCACCUGUAAUGACAUCGUACACUUCCUCCUCUGCAAACUUGGAUUACAGAUAUAGAUAAAGGAGACAUGAAUUUUCUGGUUUGUUGUUUUGGUGGCAUCUGUUUUGUUCUGUGUUCUUUCAUUUUAUCCUGUUUGGCGUUCAAUAUUGUGUACCAUUUUCUGACAAUAUUAUCUGUCAAAUUGCGUGAGCAGUGAGUAGCGAAACUGGAGGAGUAAUGCCAGUUGAAUGUAACACUGUCGAUUACUUUGUACAUAUUUGUGGCCAAUGUGUACGUCUUGCAGACAGUCUGAUUCUCA